AAUAAAUAUAACCUAUGCAAUCCUAACCAAGAAAUUUGUUUACAUUUCACUUUAAUCUCAAAUAUCUUCUAAUAUGUACAUAUUCAUUAUUUAAGGAGUGAUUUAAUAAGAAUAUGUUACAGAAAACAAUUCUGAGAUUAAAAUGCAUCACACAAUCGAUGCAGUUUCGCUCUUUAACGAAACUCUCAAUGGAUCUGGAAGAAAAAUCUAAUAAGAUGCAAGCUUGGCAGAUACAUUCGUAUAAUGGAUUGGAAGAUUUAAGACUAUCAAAUGUCAGAAUACCGGUAAUUAUGCAACCAACAGAUGUUUUGGUAAAGGUUGAAGCUGCUAGUGUGAAUCCCAUUGAUGUUGCGAUGACAAGUGGUUAUGGUACAACUCUUUUAAAUUUAAUGCGUAAAGCCAAGAAUUGCACUGGCGGAACAUACAAUGAAUUAGACUUGCCAUUGACAUUAGGCAGAGACUUUACAGGGGUAAUAGUAUCAAAGGGACAUGAUGUGGGAAGCCGGCUCGAGUUAGGUGAAGAAGUUUGGGGAGUAGUUCCAAUGGAACAACAAGGCUGUCAUGCAAAUUAUGUCGUGGUUAACAGUAAUCUAGUAAAUCCAUGUCCUCGAAAUUUAUCUCAUACAGAGGCUGCAAGUAUUUUAUUUGCUGGACUGACUGCAUGGUCUGCACUGUGGAUUACAGGAGGGCUAUCUUAUAAAACGGCGAUGGUCACAAGGUUAAAUAGACGUGUUCUAGUUAUGGGAGGUUCGGGUGGAGUCGGAACCUUGGCUGUACAAUUGCUGAAAGCUUGGAACAUGCAUGUAAUUAGCACGUGCAGCAGUGAUGCCAUGGAUUUGCUACAAAGUUUAGGUGCUGAUAUCGUUAUUGAUUAUAAGCAAGAUGAUGCCGAUUCAAAAAUUAUUUCGGAAGGACCGUAUGACAUAAUCUUAGAUUGCGCCAAUCGAGGGCCGGAGCACGUCAGAAUGAAAGGAUAUCCGCACAGUACUUACAUAGGUUUAAAUUCGCCACUGUUAAAAAAUACUGAUCAACAUGGGCUAGUCAUAGGAAUGGCAAAGAAUGUGCAAGAUUUUUUAAAAUAUAAUAUUCCAAAGGCAGAAAAUAAAAGCUGUGUAAAAUGGGGAUUUUUUAUACCCUCCCAAUCUGGAAUUAAUGUUCUUCAAAAACUUGUAGAAAAUAAAGAAAUUGUUCCUGUUGUUCAACAAGUGUACCCUUUUCAAGAUUUGCCACUGGCAUAUGAAAAAAUGAAGCAAGGCCAUUUAAGAGGUAAACUCGUCAUUGACAUGAGAUAGCAACAUACUAUCAUUUAAUUAAAUAGAUGCAAUAUUUAUAUCAUAAAUAUCUAUUUUGUAAAAAUUGUAUAGUUUAUUUAUCACAAAUAGCUAUUUCCUACAUAAUCUUUACAGUACUUGUUAUAUUUUUCACUUCUUGUAUUGUAUCAAUACCAAAAACUUUGUUCGUAACUUCCUCCCAACAGUUUGUUGCGAGUUCUGUCGCCCUUUCUGUACCUUUCUUCAAAAUUUCGUCCAAAUAAGUAGGAUCUUUGAUUAAUCUCAAUAUAUCCUCACGAAUUGGAGAUAAUUUCUCAAUUACUACAUCCGCUAACACCAAUUUAUAUCUAUGAAAUAGAGAUAAGAAUUUACAUCAACAAGAAACUUCAAAAUUUGCUUAUUAACUAGUGAACUCCAGAAAGUUUGUUACACACGCGCGUGUGAGUACAAUUUUUUUUUAAUUAUAAAAAUUAUAUAAUA